UGCGCGCGCGCGCGCGCGCGCGUGUGUUGGUAUUUCCCUGAUGUCCCCUAGCCCUUUAACCACAGCUCCUGGAUCAGUCUCCUCCUCACACAGCCGCUGAUUAUAUUUUCCCUUUCUCACCGUUACAGCUCCGUGUUUCUGUCUACGGGAAUCAUGUCUGCUCCCGUUGGAGAAGGCCCCGGCACUUCAGGCAUUGCAGGAAGCAACCGGAGGCUGCAGCAGACCCAGGCUCAGGUGGACGAGGUGGUGGACAUCAUGCGGGUGAACGUGGACAAAGUCCUGGAGCGAGAUCAGAAGCUGUCCGAGCUGGACGACCGGGCGGACGCUCUUCAGGCCGGAGCCUCGCAGUUCGAGACCAACGCCGCCAAACUGAAGAGGAAGUAUUGGUGGAAAAACUGCAAGAUGUGGGCGAUUUUGAUAGCAGUGCUUGUAAUCAUCAUCGUCAUCAUCAUCAUUUGGAGUAAUACCUAAAACAGCAGGAAAGCUGUGGAAUGGCAUGACGGUUGUGAUGGGAGACGGGAGUGGGAUAAAUCUAUAGACGGAAGUAUCAGCCGAUACUAUGAAGACUGAGAGAGCACGUUCUUCCUGAAGUAAAGCUGUUCUAGCCUGCUGAGUGUCAAAUUUUGUAAAAAGAAAAAAAAAUCCUUAAAUCUUGUUUGCCUUUUUUUUUUUUUUUUUUUUUUUUUUUUUUUUUUUUUUUUUUUUUUUAAUUAAUGUUUGGUUUUAAAGGUUGUGGUUUGAAUGUGCAAAGACUUACUCAUCUGAUGUUUUUCUUUUUCUUCUUCUCGCGCUUGUUAAAAUUUCACAUACACUCCGUACUGUCACCGUUUUUAUGCGUCACGUUGGCCUUAAGCAGAAGCAAUAAGGGGAGGAGUUAAUGGAGCUCCUUCGUGUGCCUCACCAAGCUGAGAUCCAGUGGAUCCAGAACGUUGUGAACAAGCCAGAAAUGAGUCCACUGAUUAUACUUACAGGGUUGUUACAGGGUCUAGAAACCAUUUGAAAAUAAUUAACUGCACCUUCUUUUUCCUUUCCAACAAGGUCACAUGAUCGAUCCGUGUACAUCUAUCUGUAGUUGUUUGUAGCGUCAAUAUUGAACUAUUCUGACCAAAACAUUUUGCUUACCGAUCAGCAGCGAGCUCCAUGCCUCUAAAACAUGAUCAAAAAUGGUUAAACUUUUUGAUUUGAUUUUUUUUUUCUUCAUUAAAAGUUAUUCGGUGCCUUAACGUUUUAGUGCCAGCACAAUCCCGAAGCAUCUGACGCACAACUUGAAGGCCUUCGAACAAACACACCUGAUUGCCAUUAAUCAACACUGCCAUAUCAUUAAAAUAUAAAUUAUUACAGUUUACAUGUACUUGCACAGUUUUUUUUUUUUCUUCCAGACUGUUUUGAGCUAUAGCUAUUUUAUGAUCUCACUUAAAAUUAUGAAGCAUUUAAAUAAAAUUUUUGCUACA